CCAGACGACUAUUACAACAAAUCAGCUGGCUCAACACCCUCCCUAUCUUUCUGUAGUCUCUCCAAUACUUCUAGAUCUACAACUGGAGGAAGGAGUAGCCACGGUGGAUUUACAGGAAUAGCUACUGUGUCACAAGACACUCUACGUACACUUUUCUAUAAGCGAAAAUGGAUUGGUCACUUUGCUGUGAUUGCCUUACUUUGAUUGGUUAGCACGCUUCCUUGAUACAACGUAGCUUCAUCCUCGUCGUUGUAGCACAGCUAGCUAAAUGAAACUGAAAACAUUGCCAUUGAGGAAACAAACUCGAUUGAUUGACAAACCAAUCCCAGAGAGUCAAGUGUACAGAACCAGCACAGCAGAUUACUGCUUAACGUUCAUCUGUGUCAGUGUCAACAGUCUGAGGCCUACCUACCUACCUACCUACCUACCUACCUGUCUAAAGAACAUUAGAGAUUGACUGAGACAACAGUGAGGUUUGACCACAGGGGUCAGAAGGGCUGAAGAUGGCUGGGUUCCUGGACAACUUCCGCAUGCCAGAGUGUGAGUGCAUCGACUGGGGAGAGAGGAGAAAUACCCUUGCAUCCAUCGUCGCCGGAGUCCUGUUCUUCACUGGUUGGUGGAUCAUGAUUGAUGUAGCCGUGUCCUACACAACCCAGGAGAUGAACCCUGCCUUCCACUCGUGUGGAGUCUUCGCCACUAUAGCCUUCUUCAUGAUCAAUGCAGUGUCUAAUGGCCAGGUGCGAGGUGAUGCCUAUGGAGAGGGCUGCUUCGGAAGGACCGGAGCUCGUCUUUGGCUGUUCAUCGGUUUCUUGAUGAUGUUCGGCUCCCUCAUCGCUUCCAUCUGGAUCCUGUUUGGAGGAUAUGUGGUUCCCAAGAAAGACGUGUAUCCAGGACUGGCAGUGUUCUUUCAGAAUGCUCUGAUAUUUUUCAGCACGCUGGUCUACAAGUUUGGACGAACCGAGGAUUUGUGGGCUUAGAGCUCUCUGCAUAGUACAUCCCUAACCCCAACACACACACACACACACACACACACUCACUCGCUGGGGUACUAUCGUUGUUUUUACUUGAAUCAAGGCCAACUGACUAAUACCACUCAGCUCUCAUCUACAAUGUUCAAUAUAGUAGCAUAUGUAUUACCAUUAUACGCCUACCUAUGAACAUUGGAGUAAUGUACUGUGUCAAACUAGCCUCUGCCGAGUAUAGGCAAUUUUUUUUCUCCGCUUAUCUUUCAUGUAGUCUUGAUUAGAGGAAUUAUAAUGUCUUAGAUUGGCAUUCCUUAGAGGUACCCUUCCAUAACUGGGCCCUGAAGUUCAGCCAUAUUCACAUACUGGACAUUAGAUUUAUGCUUUUGACUAAAACAGUUUUACAGUGUCGUAACGCUGUAUGUUGAUAGACGGUGGGAAAAUUCACACUUUGUCAAAUGUAAUCAUGACAUUGGUUUCAUAUUUAUCACCCCCAUAUUCCAGAGCACCUCUGAAGUAUUAUUGUUUUACCCUCAAGUGAUUUACCAUCUCCCAAAGAUUGUUUAUUUAUGUAAAUACAUAUAUUGUAAGAGCUAGAGGCCUUCACGUGUCCAAAAAGUUGGACCUGGGGAUUUUCUACCCGGACCCGAUAUGCAUAAUUUUUUUUUUUUAAUAUAGAGACCUGUUCCGUAUAGACCUGGUCAGAUCCAGAUCCAGUGCUGUAUGUUCGUGGCUACUGUGAGUGAGCGAGUGAUGACAUGGAGGAGUGAGAGAGAGACAACAGACCGCAACCAACCAAGCCGUCUCGCGCUAUAGUAGACUAAUAGCUGGUAUAUAUAGGUUAUUUAUCAUCAAAUAUGACUACGUAGUACCUGUCUUGACUGCAUCAAACCGCUAUCCAGCUAGCUAAGAUUCUAGGUCAUUGUACCUAUCCUUCACCUUUUAAUUCCGUCAUUUUAAUUCCAUCUUCCAUUGAUUUAGAUAUCUCCUAACCUUUGCCACACGGAGGCUCUAUGACCAGCCUAUUGCUGCAUUGAUGACUUAUGAUUGGCCAACAACAACAAGCUUCACGCUCCAAUAUUAUGAAAAGCCAGAGCAGCAGCAUAAAUUAUACAAUUUCUCAUUUUCUCUCUCUCUUGCAGCAGUCGCAUACGGAUCGGUACCCCACCGGUGGGACCCCCACCGGUCAAGUCACUUAAAAUUGACACAUUCCCAUGACCAUUAGAUCCGACUAAGACCUGACCUGUGAUAUUUAGAAUUCUUGAUGGUCCCGGGAUCAGGUGUCUGGUAUUCGGGUACAGGUGGAGACCUCUAAUAAGAGCACAUGUUAUCACUGGGAACAAAGCUUUUUGAUUGAUCUGCUCUAAAUUCUAUUUUAGCAAGUUGUUAUCUAUCACUUUUAUCACAUGCACUGGAUUAUAUCAAAGCGUUUAUGGGAAGCCAUAUAUAUUUUAAGCAAAGCGUUUAUGGGAAAUUUGUCUGCUUCAAACUACGAUCAGUUCCUGUUUGUUUUAAAUGGGGUAGCUGUCGUUCUGUCUCAGGAUUCGUCAUUUUUUAAAUCUGUUUUUUUUUAGAGGUCCGAAGCAUUUUUUUCUAUCGUCGUACCUUUCAGAAAGUGACAAGCAUCUUUAUAUGAACAAAGGUAAUCUUUUAACGGUCGUCGUUAUCAUAGCAAAGUUCCCCUCGCCCAUUUAAACAAUGUUUCUGUAUUCUACAAAUCGAAUUCUCAUCCAAAAUAGCACUAGUUUAGGUACAGUGAGAUCCUGCAUCUGAAUCCCAUACUAUUACGUAUACUACACUACUACCCCACAGAUUGUGCUAUAGCGGGCCUAUCCUGCAUCUUAAAAAUGCUUAAGUAGAUAAAAAAGGGUAUGUGCAUGAUGUCAGUCACAUUAGCAGUUUGCAUCAGCCAGCCCAAAGCAUGCUGGGACGUAUCAGCUUCGUAAUAACCAUUUACGCCAAUAGCUGAAGAAAAGGGUCAAGCAUGUAUGGUAGUAGACAGGUGGCUCAUUUUUCUAGUGUUGCUAUCAACUACCUCAUUCCCUUUGUGUGAUAGCUGUUCCAUUUAGCAGCAAUGUGAGUCAGACUGCCCUGGUUCUCACCCUCCUUCACCUGUAAAAAAAAAAAAUGACAUGUCAAUCUGAAGCACCGGGGCUGUGCUAGCUAUGUAUUUAUUAGAAAGGGAACAAAUUUGGAAGGCAUUAUUAUAAGGAUUUGGCGUCAGGUCAGUGUUGACCUAGAAGUGGAUGAAUAUGGCUGAUCGCGGUCCGUAAACUGGAGCUCGGUAGCUGGAGAUAAUGUUUUUGUCUGGUGGUGAGUAGCUGACCAGAUACGGGCUGAAAUCAACUUCCUCUAGCUGGAGGAAGUUGAUUAAAUAAAAAACUCAGUCCCCAAAGUAGCUCAAAUUAACAAGGAAAUUUAGGUGUGAAAUCCUAAUGUAAAAAGUAUUUUUAAGUAGCAUUGACAGAUGCAGCGUGAUUGGUUGGUUAUUGACUUCCAAGAGAAGAAAACACAGAUGACUUUUGACUUAUCUGAAUUUUUCAUGUCGUCUGCUAAGCAUCCAAUGCUCAUGACAUGAAUCUGUCGAUCUGGAUGUGAAUGAGCUACAACCAGUGAAUGAGAGGUCAUUAUGAAGUGUUUCAAUGGGUUAUAUAUGCUAUAAUCCCCCCCCCCC